AUGGAGUUGGGAAGUAAAUUUGUUUACCUUGGCAACACUGAUGAAGAUGUGGAGGAAGUUGUGGAGUGCAAUGGCGUUGUCUUGUCAGACAGUGAAUCCGAAGACAGUGCUGACGAUGCCGAGGAUUGUCUCCUCGACAUUCUGGAUACGGCAGGGCAGGAGGAGUACUCAUCUCUGAGAGACCAGUAUGUGCGUACAGGAGAUGGGUUUGUCAUCAUUUACAGCAUCACUGACAGGAAUAGCUUCACCCAAGCAGAGUCCAUCUUCAACUGGCUUGUACGCAUAAAACAAACCACUCCUCAUACUAUUUUGGUAGCUAAUAAACAGGACCUGCUUUCUGGAGCCACAGUAACAACACAGGAGGGACAAGACUUGGCUAAAAAGCUGGCUGUACCAUUUUUUGAGACGUCUGCCAAGACUGGAGAGGGUGUCACUGAAGCUAUGACGGGCCUCAUCAAGAUAAUUCCAAGAACCAGCAUAAAAUAUAAGAUUGUCAUGCUUGGAAGUGGAGCAGUUGGAAAAUCAUGCAUUACACUCCGCUUUGUCAGCAACACAUUUCUGGAUGAUUAUGAUCCGACUAUUGAAGAUUCUUACCGCAAAAUGAUCAAAGUUCAGGGUCUUCCAAAAAUGAGCAAAAACAAGCAAAAAUCUUUAGAGGAAAAGCUGAAAAUGGUUCCUGAAAAGAGCUAUGCAAAAUCACGCGGAAGUAUUGCUGGAAUACCACCACUGCCCCCUAGAGCUGGAAUAACAAUCACAGAAAGGAAGACAGAUGCUAACGUUGUGCUCAUUCCUCUGAGAAUUCUGGAAGACGAACCAAACUUGGUGACUGGAGACCCAAUCACCUGUGCCCAGUGUUUGGCUGUGCUUACAAGUACAGCAGUACUGAAAGCAGACGGAGAAGCUAAAAAGUGGGAAUGCGAGUUUUGUUUUCAUAGCAAUGGUGGCUUAAACAUCUCAGAGAAUGAAGUCCCCAAAGCAGAUUCUAUUGAUUUCAUGCUGAUACCUGCACCACCACAGACAGCUACAGAAGAAACUGUUGAAGAAGUUGUUGUAGAGAAGAAGAAAGUGACGACAAAAGGAGUGACAGUGUACUGCAUGGAUGUUAGUGGAUCCAUGCAAGGUCUUUGUCGUGUUCCAGAGUCACAUGUUGCCUGGCGUGAGGAAAGAACAUUUGGAACUGAGACUGUUUCUCAGGUUACAAGACUUGAUUGCAUCAAGAGAGCAAUUCAGAGGCAAAUUGAACAACUGAAGGAAGAAAACCCAACAAAACAAGUGCUUCUUGUUGUAUUUGACACUGACGUUCAUGUCAAAAGUGGAGGAACAACAGAGACUUUCCCCAUAUUUCAACAACUAGAGAGGAAAUCAUUCCAGGAACUUCUUCAGUUGGGUGUGGGUCUUUCAAGAGAUUAUCCGUUAAAGAGCAUUGAAGAAUCAUUUGAAUCAGUAAAUCAGGCUGUUACAUACUUGAGAGCUGAUUCUUCCACUGCACUUGGCCCAGCGCUGUCUAUCUGUGCUGGGUUUGUCAGUAACAUACCUGGAUCAGAAAUUGUUCUCUGCACAGAUGGAGAGCCAAAUGUUGGCAUUGGGAGUCAUACCUCAAGAGGUUUUGAUCGUGAAUUUUAUAGAACCGUAGGUGACUAUGCUCGCUCCAAGGACAUAACCAUUAACAUACUGGCUGUCGGGGAAGACUCUGUUCAGCUGAGGACUGUCAGUGAAGCAGCAGAGAGAUCAGGAGGCUUAACGAAUCGUUUGAAUCCUGUUGAAAUGAUGAGACAGCUGCGUUUGAUUGCACAGAAUGUUGUGAUUGCCUACUCAGUGUCUGUUAGAUUUUAUCUGCAUCCAAAUUUCUUCUUUGAUGAGAUCGGUUUUCCAGAUAACCUCAGUAGACUGGACAAGGAGGUGGGAAAUGUCAGGAAGGAGACAGAGCUUACAUUUAGAUAUAAGCCAAAUGAUGCCAAAAAAUCUGACAUUCAGCAAAUGUCAUCAGUACCUUUCCAGAUUCAGAUUACGUAUACACGCCUUGAUGGCAUGAGGUGCUUGCGAGUGCUGAGCAAAGCUGCUCCCACAACUACCAGCAGGAAGGAGAUGGAAGAGAACAUUGAUGUGUCAGUGAUGGGAGCUGCAGCCAUGAAAUCAACAGCCUACAUGACCAAAGCUGGAAAGUCACGUGAGGCACAGCACCAUUUAAAGCUUGCUUUUGAAAGUAAGAUGGCAAGCUGGGACGUUAUGUUGACGGAGGAUCAAGAGAAGCUGGUAAGUGGGAUUACAUUGGUGUGUUAUCGUGCAGAUCUUGGUGAUACAGUAUACAGUGCUGUACAGCUGGCUGCCAAUGUAACAGCUGCUUCACAGUAUUCCACAGACAGGAAGAUGCCAGUUCUUAAGUCCAAAGUUGCAAGUAAAGGCACCAAAGAGGCUUACUAUGCAUACAAGGAUAGUUACUGA